AUGGAGUCUGGUAUGCAGGACAGUCAUAAAUCUUUCCUCAUAAAGGACCUCCUUGGAGAUGUUCUACGGCCAGGAGCAGUUGCAAGUAUGAUAUGUUCUAAAAUAUUCAUUAAGCAACAAGAAAAUAAUUUGAGAUGUGCGUCGCGUCACGCUCAAUUAACCCAUCUAGAAAACUCAGAAGAUGAUAUAUCCGUCGGUGACAAUCGAUCUGAAACAUCCUCCCCAAAGAUUCCGUACCCAUAUGAUAAUGGACGAAAGGAAAAAUCAAAAACAAUAGACUCAGAUGACUUUCAAAACGAGUAUAAUUCUAAUAGAUUACCAAAUUCAAAUUUUAAUUCACCAUUCAAAGAGGAUGAGAACGAUUAUGAUCGAGAGGAAUCAGUGAAAAUGUAUGACUCGUCGCUGUUUCAUUUAUACAGACCAGAGAGAAAAGAAGAUGGUGAAGGAUUUGGAAUGACAGGAUCUAUAUCAGAUAGUAUCUAUAGUCGGUCAAUGGAUCUCUCGAAGUCCACAUUUCAAUCACAAUUACUCGCUGGGUUUGCAGCAUCUGUAAUUGCAGGUGGGUCGCAGAAUGAAACCCAGGAAUCAACCGAUCGCCAGCCUUCUAGUCGUAACACAGCUAGUUCAGGUAGAAAACCACGACGGCGACGCACAGCCUUUACUCACGCACAGCUAGCAUACUUGGAACGCAAGUUUAGAUGUCAGAAAUACUUGAGUGUGGCUGAUAGAGGCGAUGUUGCGGACGCUCUCAAUCUCAGCGAGACUCAAGUGAAGACUUGGUACCAGAACAGAAGGACGAAAUGGAAACGUCAGAAUCAACUUCGUUUAGAGCAACUACGUGCGCAAGCGGCCAGCGGUGAACGUGAACUGACACAUUCUUUGCCACUCGCGUGCGCACUGCUACCCCCUUAUCCUGCCUAUAUGCACUGCCAUCUAUAA